CUACAAUUGGCGGCAAAGAAAGGAUGCAAAGAAGAGACUAGGGUGCUGGCGGCAAAAGGCGCGGAUGUGAAUGCGGAGGAUGAUGAGGGAUCGCGUCCACUACAUCUAGCAGUCUUAAGCAAAGAAAAAGACACAGUAGAAAUACUUAUAGAGAAAGGAGCGAGCAUUAACGAAAGUGACAGGAGAGGACAGAGUGCACUA